AUGGAAAGUGAUGAUAUAACCCACGCGAGCAAAAAGAAAAAGACUGAAAACGGAGAAGCCAUCACAGAGGUUGCAGACUUGCCUGAGCCAGAAGAGCCUGAAGAAAAUGAUGAAGCUGUCAGCGUGUUCCCUUUAGCAAGAAUCAAAAAAAUAAUGCAGCUUGCCACAAAUGAGACUAUAAGGCUGGACUCAAUUAAAUUAAUUGCAAAAGCGACUGAACUUUUUGUAGAAGAAUUCGCAAAGAAAGGAUUCCAAUAUACACUGGUUCAUAAGAAAAAAACUCUUAAUGCAAAUGACUUAGUUGAAGCGCUGAAUGUGCACUCGAAUUUGGCUUUUAUAAAAGAGGCGGGAAUUAUUAUGUCAAGACCGCGGUCGUCAGUGAGCCAAACUGCUAUGGAAAUUGAAGAAAAUCUUGAAGAAAACCUUGAAGAAAGCCAAGUGGUAUUAAGUGAAGAAAAUAAAGAUAUGAUUAUUGAAAGUGUGGAAAAUAAAGAAAAUACAAAUGAUAAUUAA